AUUGAAAGCAAAGCUCAUCGCCCAGUUGUUUGUUUUCACUUAGCGCAGUAACAGAGCGGAGAAGAGAGGCACGGAGUUGUGUAACGGUUUCGUUUUUAAUCUUCAUUGCAUCUUUCCAGCCUUCUGCCAUGGCUCUGUGCAGCAGCGUCGGAGCCUUGGCGUUACCCAGCGAGCUUAUUGUUCACAUAUUUUCCUUCCUGUCAGACCGAGACAAGCUCCGGGCCUCGGCCGUGUGCUCUCGCUGGAGGGAGUGUCUCUUCUACCCUGCGCUGUGGACGGAGCUCAAGCUGCGCGUCGGUGGCGGAACCAACGGCGGCGGCUCUGGAUCAGAACAAACCCCGCGAUUAGAGUUCCUCAUGCGCAAGUUCGGCUCGUUCGUGCGGGAGCUGCAGCUGGAGUUUGCCCCGGUGGACGGCUAUCUAAGCCCGCUGCAGCACGGAAUGGAAGCCGUCGAGAGCGACCCGCAGUUCGCGAAAGAUGCGAUGGUGACAUAUUUGGAUCAGGUGUUGUGUGUGCUCGGCAGUCUGCGUAAUAACAGAAACCUCCAGAAGCUGAGUCUCUAUGGGGACACAUGCAUUCUUCAGGAUGACGGGAUUUUGGACAGCUCUUACCUCAGCCAGGUCGACCAAGGGGGCAAGAAAAUGAAAGAGAUCCAGCAACUCUUCGAAGAGAUCCUGUCCAACAGCAGGCAGAUGAAGUGGUUGUCAUCUGCGUUCAUGCUCGGUGUGGUGACCCCCUGCUCUCUGGCCUCUCUCUCCAACCCCAGCACCAGCUCCCUCGAGCACCUCAGUCUGAUCGACAACCAGCUGCCCAGCCUGACUUCCACAGUCGAACUGGAAAGGCUCGCUCACCUGCGGUCUUUGUCGCUAGACUUCUGCGACUUCACCUCCGACAUGUGCCGCCUCCUCGCCUGCGGUGACCGAGUGCCCCUCCACCGCCUCUCUCUCUUGCUCAACGGAGCUGCUUUGGAUGCCAAGCCUUUGGAUGGUACUGCAGCCGAGGAUGAUUGGAAAGCCCUGGUCCGUCGCAGCACGAACCUGCGCGUCUACAUCAUGGCGAUGGAUGUGUGCAGCCAGGACCUUCUGCGUGUGCUGAAGCCCAGCGUGCCCCUGGAGCGCAUCCAUCUGGACAGCUACAGCAGUCUGGUGACGGAUGGUGUCGUGGAGCUCAUCUCGCAGCAGUACCACAAAACCCUCUCCCACUUCAUCUUGAUGAGAGAUGACGCUGGAUUCCCAGACCUCAGCGUCAACCGCAACGAGGACCCGCUGGUUCUCCUCGCCUGGCGCUGUGUGCACCUUGCUGUCUUGAUCAUCCAUGGCUACACUGUGUGGUCCCAUAACCUCGUGGCCAUCUCUCGUCUGCGUGGGUCCAACCUUAAAGUUCUGGAGGUGUCUGAAGAGAGCAUUGACUUUGAUCCGGACCAGUCGGUGUACAUCGAGGGAGAUCCCGUCCACAAUCUAGUCAAGGAGGUGUCCUUGGGCUUGGGCCGCGUCUGGCAUCCCUCCAUGGACAAUAGCGUGGUCCUGAACGAGCCCACUCAGCACUUCCACCGCGAGAUGCAGAGUUUCAGCGCGGGCAUGUAGACGCACCAGGGCCCGUUACCAAACGCCCUCUCUAACCCUGUGCUUGGUGAUCUUUCACAAAAUGGGCCCUUCUCAUUUUACAUAUUGUUUUAUUUCUUUCAUUGCUUUUUGAUUUGUUUGUUUUUUUUCUUGUAGUGUGAAUUUAAUCCUUUAUAUGUGCUGUGUUUAAUCAGUAUUAGCUCUAUAUUUAUAUCUAUAUCUAUAUAUCCUGCUUAUUACUAGGAAAGUAUAGUUGGGUAUUGGUUUAGUAGCUAUUUGAGUGAAUGGUAGAGAGGGGCUUUUUUACAGCUAGCUUAAAAGUUGUACAGUGAGUUGUUCAUUCUCUCGCUUUGUCUGUUUGUUGGUUUCGCCCUAGAACGUGUGGAGUUACCUCAAACAAUCAGUUGAUCCUUCUUGGCUUUCUGCAAUGACGAAAUCCCAUGUUCACAUUGACCUUUUUAUAGGGAGAUUAGUCUUCCAGCCAAGGGACAGGGCUGAUCCACAAUUACGAACCUUCCUCUUUGUUCAUCAGUAUGUAAUUGUUAUUCAGAAAUGAGGAUCGGUGGAAACGACGUGUUCGGGACGCAGAUCCCGCUGGUUUUUCUCAACCUGGAAGUAGACGCACCUCUGCUGGUGAAACCAAUCGUAGAGGUUUUCAGUCUGGUGUAUGACACCUGCAUGCUGACCGCCCUGCAGCACAAUAUCUGGGCCCAGCCAUAGGUGUUUUGUUCUUUUUUUGUUUUCUUAUGUGUGUUUUUGUUGUAAGAAGUCCUUCCCGUCUGUCUCAGGUAGGCAAAAAUUAUAUGACAAGGAAGAUGAAGAUGAUGGUUAUGAUAUUUUGGUAAGAGUGAUAACAAUCAGCUGUUCGGUCAGUUUUAAUUGUUCUUCUCGAGUCACAGUUGCCUUGAACUCCCCCUUACUUCUUCAUAAUCAAUGUGUUUUUGGCCUCGGACUCGGUCUGUUCAGCGUUAACGUCGCCGUAAUUCCCAACCGAAGUGCAUAAUCCUCAUUGGAUCAUAACUGAACACGCUCCGAACGGAUUGAAUCCAGGCCGCAUUAUUUCAUCUGUAAAGCAUUAGAUGGCGGGAGACAGACGUUUGCUUGUUCCAUAUCUCAGGAUUCCUGCACUUGCGGUACUUUUCCAGAAAGCUUUUGUUGAAGCUUCGUUCAAAUGGUUGGUGUGCUCGAUGGGCAAGAUUUUGUAGUGUUUUUGGAGGAAAGAGAGCUCUUCCAAAAGAAUGCGCUUUAGAAGUUGCUGGUUUUUAUUUUUCUACUUGUUUAAUUUUCCUAGUUUAGCAUUCGAAGGUCUCAGUGUGUUUUUUGCUUUUACAUAUAUUGUCUAUUCGCUCCUUUUUUUAAAAAUCAUAGUCGAGGGAGGUCGUGGUUGCUUGCAUAGCUGAAAUAAGUGAAUGUCAAACUAAAGCCUUCUUGAAAGCGGCAACGUGUUUGCUCUGCAGAAUCCCCCUCUUUCCUGAGCAUAUCUUUUUCUCGUGCUCUAAUAACGAAGCAAAUCGUCGAAGAGUGGAUUCGAAAACGUUUUAAAACCGUUAAGUUGCCUCGCUAACUGUUACUCUGUCAGGCCUCAGAACUUCCUGUUAUUUGGCGGUAUCGACUACCUGAAGCCAAACCAGGUUUGGAAGCCAUCGCCCCAAUCUUCCUGGAAGAUCCGCGCUUAUGACAAAAACGAACAGCCAAAGCAAACCUUUGCAGCGUGAAAACGAUCUUUAUAUGCAAGCUUAUCAAGUGAGGGGUGACCUAGAUCUUGUGGUCCAAAAAAGAUUUUGAAGCAGUUAACCAAUGAGGUCGAACAACUCUUGGCACAUGAAGGCCUGCUCGUAGGGUUGAUGUAAUUCGACACUUUAUAAAUGCGAAGCAGAGAUCCAGAGAUCCAGCUCCAGUUUACAAUCUAUUGUGGUACCCAUGUCAACAUUAUUGAAAACGGCAGAUUUUCGUGGUUGGUGGCACAGAACGCAAAAAGGGUCUCGUGGAAAGUCAUUUGUGGAUUAAUAUCUGUUCAAUUCGCUCCCUUUUUGAAUAAACCACGGAUUUAAAAAAUGUUGUUUUCAGGUGCGUUGACAUAGGUGCCAAACAUUCUGUAAUGAAUAUGUUGGAAUGCUCUUAAGCAUGUGCUAGUAAUGGGAUUCUGUGUUUUUUAGUUUAUUUCAAAAAAGUUCUACUUAGUACAGCACCAAAUACAAUUUCAGUAAGUGUGUUCUUAAUUCGGAGUCUGUAUGUUGUACAUCGAUUUUGUCGAAGGACUAGGGUUGGCGGAGAACGACAGCGUAUGACGCGUUACAAACUGCUAAAGCAUUCAUACCGUGCCUAAAACCCAGAAUAGCUUUCAUUUCAAACCCAUGUCAUUCGCACGUCCCUGGUCAACCAAGUCUACGAAACUUUACAAAGACAUAGCAUAUUUAAAACCGUCAGUGUUUUCUUGUUUGUCUCGUUUUUCUCAUUUUGCAAUCUCUAUGUGUGUGUGCGUGCGUGCUUGCAAAUGUGUCGUGUAAACGUUCAAAAAGUGCAUACGUCAGAGAAGGAGGUGUGUGUUCAGUACAAAACGUACCACUUCCUCAGCAGUGAACAGGAAACAGCCAUUCUCAGGGUUACUGUUAGAUGUGUGGAGGAAACAAACAAGAGUCCAAUAGCUCAGGCCUCUCACCAUAAAAGUUUCCAUUAAAUGAAGAAUCUUCUCAACAAAGUCACUGGAUUUAACUUCUGUCAGCGCAUCAUCUGCGUCAGCUGCCAAAGAUAACGGUGAUACGACUCUUUUUUCGAAGUGCCCGCAUGCUGGCAGAGGGCAGGGCCAAUGGCUGAUGGGCCGAGAUGUACUACUACUAUCGUAUUAUGACAACUACUAUUAGAUAAAUGUACUAAUGGAGGGAGGGGUGGUUGGACUUGGGUGAUGGUCCACAGCUGUGCUGUGGCUUUGGUCAACAUACGUUAGAUCUCUCUUACAAUGCACCUGUUUCACUGUGAAGAGUGAAUGUAAUUUAACUAUUGAAAAUCAAGGUUGGUUCUAUCAGACCUAUAAGCUGCUAUGAGACGUGUUAGGAACAUUCCACUGGGGAGUUACAAACAAACUAAAAUGGCCAAAUGUCUGCAUGAAAUGAUUAUUUUUUACUCUUUUAUUCUUUUCUGUUUUGGUUUGGGCAGGGGCGGGAUCCUGGAAUCAGCGUUCGACUGGUCCUACGAUGAAAUUUCUUGAGCCAUUUGAGAGCGCACGUAGGUUUUUAUUCUUGAUCGAUUCGACCAGUCGGUUGUUACAACUCAGUUGGAUCCCAUUGUUUUUUUUGUUUUUUUUUUUGUGUUUUUACUUUCAGAAACGUUAUAUGCAUUUCACAAUCUCGUAGUAAUGAGAAAGAGGGCUGCUGUGACCCCAUCUGAGACGGUCAGUGUUUUACAGCUUUUUCCGAUAGCUACCUUACCGAUUAUAAACCUCACGCCAGCCUUUGGUAAAACAAACAGUUACCAUGUUUCCACUGCAGGUCCGAUCUCGAGCUGGACGCGGACCUCUCUUUCUCUCUCUGGUUGGCUUGCGUUAAAGGCAAAGUCAAAAACUAUGCAAACGGAAUGCAUACGAUCCAAUGGCUCUUAACUUGUUUUUCAUUCUUUUGCGCUUUUUUUUUUUUUUUUUUUUUUUUUUUCUCCUUCUGUCACUCAUAUGGAAAUAACCUAACUUGCAAUGAUACUUGGCCUUAUUAUUGUUAUUAUUAUUGUUUUAAGAUCUUGAUUCUUCGGAAGCCAACUCAGUUUCAGGGGCGACCGUGGGUUACAGACAUGGUCUCUAUGAGACUGGCCAGAAGGCCCCAGUUAUAAGUGGUACGAAUGUUGUGCAUUUGUUUAAAAUCAGGACAGUUUGCAAUAAAGAAGUGGCCAUCAUGGGGCACCAGCAGUGCGAAGACCACGCUGCUACCUUAUAAACUUAAUGGGGAGUUAACUAAGAUAACAUAAACCUGCAUAUGCGUAUAUAUAUAUCAACGUAUAUACUUUUAUGCAACACAUGUCCGGGUUCUAUUUAUGAACAUUGAGAAAAAAAAAGUUUAUAAGCGUUGUUGUUUUGCAAAAAUGGUUUUACCAUCUUAAAUGUUUAAUAUUUGGGCAGGUGUGUUCUGUCUACUUUUUUGUCUCCGGUGAGCACAUAGCAUUGGAUUUUAUAUGUACAUCUGCAAACAGGAAGUACUCUGGCACAGGUGUGAACAUGCCAGGUGGGAAGAUUUUAAUGAGAAAAAGUGAUCUUGAGGUUCCACGAUAAAGAAGGAAAACCUUUGAAAAACUUAACUGACAGAUAUUGGGUAAACCAGCCGAAUGUUGAUUUGAAUUAAUGUUGAACGAAUGCAUUUUCUUUUAAUCGGUAAAAUAAAAGCAUAAAAAAAUCA